UACGAAAGGGCUCCAGGAAUGAACCGGUUUGCAGCCACCCCCAUCAUAGGAGGAGCCAGGCACAGGGAAGUAGUUUGGAGCCUGCGCCCUACGGCCAGAGUGUUGUGGGUUCAAAUUCUGACCAUGUGGCAAAGUUCUUCUAACUCGGGUUACUUCAUAUGCAAAUUGGAGACUCAAUGAUAGCCACAGUCUAGGUAGGGUUGGGGGAUGUUACCUCCUGCGCCCAGGCCUUAGGGAUGUUUAGUAACUAAUGUUGUUAGUAUUGGCGGGGGCGGCCCCUGUGAGCGGCCUCCCCAGCGGCUUCCUGUAGGGGAGCAGGGGCCGCCCCCUCUCCCUUUCCUCCAGGCUCUCUUCCUCCCGCCUCUCCGCCCCGCCCCGUCCCUCCUCUUUCCUCCAAGGAAACUUUCCGCCGGCUGGUCCAUCGGCGUGUCCCACCGCACCACAGUGCGAACCGAGGAAGGCGGACGGGGCGGCCCGGCCCAGGUGUAUGCAGCCACCGGGGAGUCGCAACUGCCGGGGGCAGGCAGCGGGGCGCUGACGGGGUGGAGGAGCUGCCCGAGGAGUGAGCGUCUCAGGCCUUAGAGGACCUGACCUGGCCGACCUUGCAGGCUGACGGGCCGAGCUGCGUCCCUGGACCAUGGAUGCCCCAAGGAAGGACAUGGAGCUAUUCAGCAACAGCCUGGCGGCCUAUGCACACAUCCGAGGUGAGGGCCAGGCCUGGAAACACGGAGCCCGUCCAUCAUAACCCAGGCAGCCCUCUACUCCCAGCUGCUCACCCCCAGUCCUAUCCCCAGAUUACUGUCCCCUACUGCCCUUCCGUUCCGUGCCCCAGGCUUAGACCCUGGAUCUCUCCCAGAUGGGACGACUCCAGCCUAUCAGGCCCCCCUGUGACCUUCGCUCCCUGCUCCCUAGCUAACCCCGAGAGCUUCGGCCUCUACUUCGUGCUCGGCGUCUGCUUCGGUCUGCUGCUGACCUUGUGCCUGCUAGUCAUCAGCAUCUCCUGCGCACCUCGCUCGCGGCCCCGGACCCCUGCCCCGCGACGGGGCCCUCGCAGCAGCACCCUAGAGCCGGAAGAUGACGAUGACGACGAGGAUGAAGACACCAUGACGAGGCUGGGCCCUGACGACACGCUCCCGGGCCAGGAGCUGUCCACUGAGCCCGACGGGCCCCUUAGUGUCAAUGUCUUCACGUCAGCAGAAGAGCUGGAGCGGGCACAGCGGCUGGAGGAGCGCGAGCGAAUCCUGCGGGAGAUCUGGCGCACCGGGCAGCCAGACCUGCUGGGUACCGGCACGCUCGGGCCCGGAGCCCCAGCCCCAGGCACGCUGGGCCGUAUGCACUAUUAUUGACACACGAACCGCAGAACCGCACACAGCAUGGGACCCAGAGUACUGGACACGGGGCUGAGCCCAGUGCUGCCCCAGAGCCUUCGAACUGCCUGUGCCCCCAUUUUCUGGUGCUGUUGGGUGUGGGCCGCUGCCUGCUAAGCACUCUUCACUGGGCAGGUGUGGGUGGGAAAAGGAUGCCCGGUCCCACCCUCUCCUCCGGUAAUAAUGAAUGACCAAUGAAAGCUA